GAACCCAGGUAGUGUAGACUCAAAAGGGACUGCAAAACUUUGAAGUCAAGUUCGGACGGCUAAAGCCUUUCGCCUUCAAAAGUUCAUUGGUCGUCCCUCGCUGGCGUGUUUAAUAAAAUGGAUGUGCUUUCGGCGGCGGCGGCGUCCAGUGGCGGCGGUGGAGGUCCGGCGCCGUUCUUGUCGAAAACAUAUGAGAUGGUGGAUGAUUCUCAAACUGAUGACAUCGUAUCAUGGACUCCGACUGGUCACAGUUUUGUCGUGUGGAAUCCUCAAGAAUUCGCUCGAAUUCUUCUUCCUACCUAUUUCAAACACAACAAUUUCUCCAGUUUCAUUCGGCAGCUCAACACUUACGGCUUCCGGAAGAUUGAUCCAGAAAGAUGGGAAUUUGCCAAUGAGGAAUUUUUGAAGGACCAGAAGCAUCUACUUAAGAACAUUCAUCGUAGAAAACCCAUUCACAGUCAUAGUCACCCUCCAGGUUCCACAGUUGAUCCAGAAAGAGCUGCAUUUGAGGAAGAGAUUGAUAAACUUACACGUGAGAAGUCUGGGCUCGAGGCUAAUGUCUCAAGGUUCAGACAGCAACAAUCUGCUGCAAAACUCCAGCUAGAAGAAUUAACUGGGCGGCUUGGCAGUAUAGAGCAAAGGCAGGAGAGUUUACUGACAUUUGUUGAGAAGGCAGUUCAAAAUCCUGACUUUGUUGAGCGUCUUGCUCAGAAACUCGAGUCCAUGGAUAUUUCUGCAUUUAGUAAGAAGAGGCGAUUGCCUCAAAUCGACAGCCCUCAACCAGUUCAAGAAAGUAUGUCGGUGGACAACCAUAGCAGUUCUAGAGUUGAGUUUGGGAACCUUUGCCAUCAAGAUUUCUCAAAUAAGCUCAGGCUUGAAUUGUCACCUGCUGUUUCAGAUAUCAAUGUGCUCUCAUGCAGCACCCAAAGUUCCAAUGAAGAUGGCGGAAGCCCACAUAGGAGAAUGUCUGAAGGAUGGUCCAGAGAAGUGCAACUUCGAACCGGGGGAGUAAUUUACACCCCUGAAGCAAUAGAACUAUCAGAUACAGGGACGUCUUUUACGUUGAAGAUGGAUUCAUCUUUGCCUCGUGCUUCGAGCAAUGUCGAAAGCUCAAGACCGCAUUCCUUGCCACAAAGCCUGACAUCUAACGAGGAAGUUGAAGGUCACAUUUCCUGCCAGCUGAAUCUUUCUUUGGCUUCAUGUCUUUCACAAGUCGAUAAAAAUCAAUAUUCAUUGAGGAUGUCCCAAAUAGGUCAAGAGAUAGGUAAACAUUCUAAAUCACAUUCUGAUGCCAAUGAAAAAAUCCCUCCUACUAAUGACAAACCUUUGCCACCUUCACAUGAUGCAACUGCCAACAAGCAAGGGCCUACAACUACUCCGGUUCGUGUGAACGAUGUCUUUUGGGAACAGUUCCUCACAGAAAGACCAGGCUGCUCGGAUAACGAAGAGGCUAGCUCUAGUUACAAAGGGAACUCCUACGACGAGCAAUACGAGAGAAAAUCAAAUCAAGGAGUAGCUAGUAACACAAGAAAAGUGGAACACCUUACCCUUUGAGUAUAUGAAGUUGUCAUUGAAGACACUUGAAACAUUUAUUUAGGUUUUUGGAAUGUUGAGUCCUAUACUGUGUAAUGGUUUGUAACUAUCAAUCCCUGUUAAAGCCUA